UCUUCAUCAUCUUCGGCUACGAAAACCCGUUUCGCUUCAAUUCAUUCGACGAGUGUUUUGUCUGAGAAAUCCAGGAAAAGCUUUGGCUCCGGUGGUACAACUUCUGAAAGCGAACGAUCUUCAAAGAACUCCUCCAUAAGGUUCACAUGUACUGUUAAGGAGAAAGGGAGACGCACUGGUGCUAAAAAGACUCUAAACAAUCUUCUCUUCCACAGUGGAAUCAAUGAUCCGAUUCAGAAUGAGUGGCAUUUCGGACCAAAUCCGCUUACCAGAGAUAGACAUAUGAAGAAGAAACCUCCACCUGGCCGGGGAAAGAAGCCUCGUGAUAAGAAAACAAAACGUUGGCACAGAGAAGGAAACACUGAGGAUGAAUUUGGCGCUGAUGCUACUAAUAGUACGUUUGAGAAAAAAUGGAGAGAAGGCUGGACAAACCAAUCUCAUAAAGCCUCCUCGAGGGACUCGGCACAGGGAUUCGAAUGGAGAGAAGGCUGGAGCUGGACAACUCAGUCUCAAAGGAGCAAAACCUGGAACGAUGAGUCUUGUGAUGAACCUUUGACCGUUGGGUCUCGGUCUGAGAGGAAUGUUCUUGGUCUACCUCUAUGUGGUCCUCUAAAACUAGAAGAUGUCAAGAACGCCUUUCGAUCUGCGGCUUUGAAGUGGCAUCCUGAUAAGCACCAGGGGCCUUCUCAGGCUGCAGCGCAAGAGAAGUUUAAGCUCUGCGUUGAUGCAUACAAGUCUCUCUGUUCUGCAGUUUCUUGA